CACACAGUCAGUCAGUCUAGGUACGAGAAGUUUCAAAGAAGCCCGUCAGCCCGAUAAGAUUGAAACUGGUGCAAUUUUGCUUCCAGUCAAGACGAGGUACAGUCAUAUGAGUGUUGUAAUAACCUCAGAUAUACGCGCUGUGUAGUUCAGCGAUUUGCCAGAGGGAAGUGCUGGUCUAGCAAAUUACGUUAGCUGCGUUAAUUCUUAAAACAGAGGUGACUAGAGGGGUGGGACGGACAGUCAAAGUUUCGACGGGACCUGGUUUGUGGUGAAUAUUUGAACGAAAGAGGUAUCGUAUCUUUUCUUUUCGAUCGAGGGCCGUCGCGCAACGAUCAUCAUGUUUAGUUGGUCUAACAAAGAAGGGAAGAAAGACCCAGAACUUUUCCAGAACGUGUCGGAGGGACUGAAGCGCCUCUACCGCACCAAACUCUUUCCUUUAGAGGACGCCUAUCAUUUCCACGACUUCCAUUCACCGGCUUUAGAAGAGGCUGAUUUUGACAACAAGCCCAUGGUGCUGUUGGUGGGACAGUACUCGACCGGGAAGACCACCUUCAUCAGGCAUCUAAUGGAACAGGAUUUUCCCGGUAUGAGAAUAGGCCCCGAACCGACGACGGAUUCCUUCAUAGCGGUAAUGCACGGUGAACAGGAAGGGGUGAUACCUGGUAAUGCGCUGGUUGUUGAUCCAAAAAAGCCUUUUCGUAAGCUCAAUGCCUUUGGAAACGCUUUUCUCAAUAGGUUUGUGUGUGCUCAGUUAAACAACCCUGUCCUGGAAAGCAUCAGUAUCAUCGAUACCCCAGGCAUCCUGUCGGGAGAGAAACAGAGGAUAAGCAGAGGCUAUGACUUUGCAGCAGUUCUCGAGUGGUUUGCCGAACGAGUUGACAGAAUCAUUCUGCUCUUUGACGCCCACAAGCUGGACAUUUCUGAUGAGUUCUCAGAGGUAAUCAAGGCCCUGAAGAACCACGAGGACAAGAUGCGUGUGGUUCUGAAUAAAGCCGACCAGAUCAGCACCCAGCAGCUGAUGAGGGUGUACGGUGCCCUCAUGUGGUCACUGGGGAAGAUCAUCAACACCCCUGAGGUAGUCAGAGUGUAUAUCGGGUCAUUUUGGGCUCAGCCGCUUCUGAUCGCAGACAACAGGAAGCUGUUCGAAGCAGAGGAGCAGGAUCUUUUUAAAGACAUUCAAAGUCUUCCACGGAAUGCGGCUCUACGGAAGCUCAAUGAUCUGAUCAAAAGAGCUCGUCUUGCUAAGGUCCAUGCUUACAUCAUCAGUGCUUUGAAGAAAGAGAUGCCAAGUGUGUUUGGGAAAGACUCAAAGAAAAAAGAGCUUAUCAACAACCUGGGCGCGAUAUAUGAUAAAAUUCAGAAAGAGCACAACAUAUCACCGGGAGACUUUCCUAACGUAAAGAAAAUGCAGGAGUUGCUGGCUGUUCAAGACUUCACAAAAUUUCCCGCCUUCAAACCAAAGUUGCUGGAGUCGGUGGAAGACAUGCUGGGUAAUGACAUCGCUAAGCUCAUGACACUGGUCCGAAAGGAGGAGGCCUCCAUGCCAAGCCAGGUAGUCAAGGGCGGUGCUUUUGACGGAACCAUGAAUGGGCCGUUCGGUCACGGAUAUGGAGAAGGUGCAGGCGAGGGCAUUGAUGAGCUGGAAUGGAUCGUGGCCCGUGAUAAUCCAACUUAUGAUGAAAUAUUCUACACCCUCUCUCCCAUUAAUGGGAAAGUAUCAGGUGCCACAGUUAAGAAAGAGAUGGUGAAGUCCAAACUGCCAAACACAGUGCUUGGAAAGAUUUGGAGCCUGGCAGACGUGGACAAAGAUGGUUACCUAGACGAUGAGGAGUUUGCACUUGCAAAUCACCUGAUCAAGGUCAAGCUGGAGGGACAUGAGCUUCCAGCCAAAUUGCCUGCUCACCUUGUGCCACCUUCCAAACGGCAAGAGCAGAAUUGAGCAGCUGGCUUGAGUUUUUAAGAUCGGUUUCAUGGUACCCAAGCCAUAUUUUGACCAUUCAGCUAGUCUUCAGACCUCAAUUUCUGUCUUUAGUUUGAAUUUUUUGUUUUUGUAGAAGGGGUUUGGAUGGAAGGUUAUGCGCUAUAAACGACAGGACUGAAAAGACAAACCAAAAAGAGCUUAAGUGCCAGUGACAGACUUUUUGUAUAGCUUUGAAAUGGAGAAACCACUAUGGACAAUAUAAAGCAUUUAAAUUGAUUACCAAACUUCCAUGGUACUUGGGAACCGGAGUUGUUGGAGUGAAGAUGCUGUGUGAUUUGAAUGAGAAUGUUGUGUAAGAGGGCUCCUAAAAAACUAAAAUGUGAAAAAUAUGAAAAAUAUAUUUUAUUACUCCAAACGUGAUUGCUGUUAUUUUUGCAAAAUUUCCAUAACUUAUUCUUUUUCUUUAGUUAUUUUAUCUGUAUUUUGUAUCUAUAUUUUCAGAUUGUUGAUUAUCGAAUGUUUUCUUUUGAUUUAAUUCCUCUUAACAAUAUAUAAAGUUAUGCAUUUAUAUGUAUUCUGUCAUUUUUAGGGUGUCUUUUUUCCUCUGGGAUCUCAUGUUCUGAAGUCUUCGCCUUCAGUUGAACGCAGAAAAUACAUUGACCAAUAAAAAAAAAA